AUGGCAGACACGGAGGGGGGCCCUGAGGAGGUGCCAGCGAACGCGUUGAACGAAGAAGUAGAUCAUCACGCUUUAUUUGGCCCUAUUUGCUUCUUCAAUAUCCCCAUGGAAUUUGUCCUGGCUAGGCUAGACGCAUACAGAGCGAGGGGCCAGGAUGCUGUUGAAGGGGACGCUGACCAGCCAACCAACAAAGAGCGAAAGAAGCAUCAUUCAAAAAAAAGCAAACAAUCUGUGCCCGAAGGCUCUCCAUCCACUGAAAAGCGGACGAAAAAGAGUGCAAAGCAGGCACAGGAAGGAGGGGAAGGCCAAGCCCCGGCCAAACCCGAAGACGAAACGAAAAGUGAAAACUCUGAAAAGAAGAAGAAAAAUAAGAAAACUGUGGUCGUUGCUGUGGAAGAUGCGAAAGACGGCAAAGACUCGACAGACCACUUGCAAACAAAUGCCAGCAGCAAGACUCGCAAGUCCACUCUUCUUAUGUGUGACAACGCAGCUGCAGUUGCCUUGGGUAAUCUGCUGGCCAUUCAGCGAGGGGUAUCGUCUAAGGCUGAUGGGCGGGAGGAGGCCGAGGAGGGUCAAUGGCUUGAAGAGAUUGAAGAUGAGGAACUCGACCAGAUCCUAGCUAAAGCACAGAAUUCCGAACAACGAGUAGCGGAGCUAAGGAGCGUGAUUUCCGAAACUGCAUCUAAGGCGUUUGAGGGCUACUCCGAUGAACUCACAACACUAACGCAGGACAAAGCCAUCAUUGUCGGGACGGCAGAUGAGGACAAAGUUAUUGCAGUUGAACAAAAAGAAGCCCAGGAAAAUAUAGCAGCGUGUGUAGCCCAACAGAAGGAGCUGCAGCAACAACAGCAACGGCUUUUGUUGUAUGAACAAGUUGUCCGCAAGAGGAUUUUAGAUGAGCUAGAGUGGCGAGAAGCAAAGCUCAAAGUGCUGAGGCGUCAGGCAGAGAAGCAAGACCUCAAUAGACAGGACCAUCUUUUGAAGUUGGUUCGGGAGUGUGAAUGCCGAAUGGAAGCCUUGAUGGGGCGCCGUAAAGCUCGCCUGUCAUCUGUUUACGGCCUUCUAAAAAAGGAAGGGGAAUACACCGCUGUUUCAAGGAGAACAGAGGACCCCAAGUCGAACGGAAGAAACAACUUCAUUCCAAUGGGCAAGUCCUACCGUGUCGAAUGGCUGCGGGCUCCUCAACCCCUGAAGAUGCAGAUAGAUUUCUGCCGGGCCCUCAAGGACAAAGUUCCUCCUGGAAGAUACCUUGUUGCGGUGUCGAUAUGGACGCGCAUCGGAGGCACACGUCUCCGGUGGAACGGGCUGCCGUCUAUCGAGGAGAGACUCCUGCAAGAUGCAGCUGAGAGGAAACAAAGUAAAUUAUCCAUCGCAGGGCUGCCGAAUGUCGGAAAAGAAUCAUCAGGAGGAAAUGAAACCUUUGUGGGAACUGCAGCAGCCGUCACCCAAUCCGUGGAAUUUACAGCAAACUUUAGCGACGAAUGCCUGAGGCAAGACGGAUACUUCCACGUUCAUUCAUGGCUAGCAGUUAAAGAAGACUCUGUAUUCAUCCGCACAUUCAAGAAGGUUUUCUGUGGGAGUUUGUCGCAUGGCAACCCUCAGUAA